CUCUGGCUGUUGCUGUGGUUGCCUGAGUUGCUGCUGCUGCUGCGGCGGCGGCCCCGGCGGUGCUGGCGGUGGUGUCGGCCCUGGGGCGGAUGUUGACAUUGUGUUGUUGUUAUUGCGGACGGUAAUGGCGGCGGCGGCCCGGACCCCGUCUUCGGUGUAGCCGGAGCCCACACAGCCAGGAGCCAACUCCGCGGCCUCUGAGCCAGGCAGCGGCUCCCUCGGUCUCCGCCGCCUCCCCGGCCGGUACCCCAGCCCCGGCGCCUGGAGUCGGGCUCCUCCGGGCAGGGGGCCUCGGCGCCUCAGGAUGGCGGAUUUCGACGAAAUCUAUGAGGAGGAGGAGGACGAGGAGCGGGCCCUGGAGGAGCAGCUGCUCAAGUACUCGCCAGACCCGGUGGUGGUCCGCGGCUCCGGUCACGUCACCGUAUUUGGACUGAGCAACAAAUUUGAAUCAGAAUUCCCUUCUUCAUUAACUGGAAAAGUAGCUCCUGAAGAAUUUAAAGCCAGCAUCAACAGAGUUAACAGUUGUCUUAAGAAGAACCUUCCUGUUAAUGUACGAUGGCUACUUUGUGGCUGCCUUUGUUGCUGCUGCACAUUAGGUUGCAGUAUGUGGCCAGUUAUUUGCCUCAGUAAAAGAACACGAAGAUCGAUUGAGAAGUUAUUAGAAUGGGAAAACAAUAGGUUAUACCACAAGCUGUGCUUGCACUGGAGACUGAGCAAAAGGAAAUGUGAAACGAAUAACAUGAUGGAAUAUGUCAUCCUCAUAGAAUUUUUACCAAAGACACCGAUUUUUCGACCAGAUUAGCAUUUACUUUAUUUAUAGAGACUUUCCAAGUAUGUUGUCUUUCCAAUGGUGCCUUGCUUGGUGCUCUCCUGGUGGUGACAUAACAUUGGUUCUACAGAAUUGUGUGGUUUUUUUUCCCCCCGGUUGUUUUUUUUUUUUUUUUUUUUUAAAUAACCGCAUGUUCUAAGUGUGCAUUUUUGUCAAACUUUGCAACAGUUAUUUCAUACAGAUGUUUAGUACUUAAGUUAUUGUGCUUGUUUCUGCUAUGUAUUCUGAUUUUCAAGGAGUACUUUUUUGUAUUAUCAAAAAAAAAUACAUCUGAACUUAGCAUAAAAA